AUGUCCUCCCCGAAGUUGGCCGAGGAAUCAUCGAUGAAGGCCACUCGCCCCCGGCUAUCGGAACAGCGGCCCGGCCCGUCCAGGGACCCCGCCGCGGCCUUUUUCGCCGCAGACGCCGCCGCAUCCCAGACCACGCCGCCCACCACUCCCGGCGUACCACCAACCACCCCACCGGGUGCACCUAAGCCGCAGCGCCAGCCAAAAGCGCCGCGCAAACCAGAGGCGACGUCGAAAGUCGCCGCCGCCGCCGCCGCCCGCACCGCCCGCGCGGCCGCGCCUACACCUUCGUCAAGCGCUGCCGCGUCUGCGCCCGCGACCCGUCCCCCCGCGCCCCGCGACACCACGCCCGCGCCCGCGUACAGCGCUGCCGUCUCAGCGCCCCGCGCGACCGCGACCGCGCCCGCGCCCCGCGCGCCCGCCCCCGCGCCCGGCCCCGCGUCCCGCGCUGCCGCGUCUGCGCCCGCCGCCCGCGAUGCCGCACCCGUGCACGCGCCCCGCGCUGCCGCGCCUGCGCCCGCGUACAGCGCCACAGUGUCUGCGCCUCCGCCCAGCACUGUCGCACCAGCGCCCACCACCGCCACCACACCGGGGACCCCCCUGCUACGAGUCCCGUCGCCGUCGCGCUUUCCGCCGCCGACAAAUUUAAACCCGCCCUUCUCCGCCGCCCCCAGCGCCGCGAAGAAGAGGCAGGGCGGAGCUACUCCACCGCCCCACUCCUUGCCGAGGCUCGACCUGUCGCCGAUGGACACCGCCUCGGCGGCGUCCCCCCCACUGGUCGCAACUACUCGCCCCACGACGCCCACUUCGCCGAACGACGGAGCAGCGCCCCUUCCCGCUACCAAGAGCGGGAAACGAUACCCUCCCCUCAUAGUGGAGGAGAUGCCAGACUGGCCCACGCACUUCCGCAAACUGCGGACGUUGCUGGGCCAUCACGUCAACGCCCGCCCCCUCAGCAAGGGGAUUAUUUUCACCCCGCGCGACGAAGAGGAGUACCGCGUCGUGCAGCGCUACCUUGGGGAGCAGAACAGGACCAACGGGCUAGUCUGGUUCUGUUACGGCCUCCCCGCAGAGCGGAGCCUCAAGGUGGCCAUCCGCGGCCUGCCGGCGAACACCGCGCCAGCAGAUAUAGAGCAGGACCUGAGGGAGAAGGGGUUCCUGCCUGAAUUCUUCCGCCAGAUCCGCGCGCGCAGCGGCCGUCCUGGGUGUAUCUUCCACGCCCAGCUGCAGCGCACCGCGGGGAUAACACCGUUAUUAUUGAGGCCUGGCGCGGCAGGAAGGGGCCAGCGCAGUGCCACAGGUGCCAGGGGUUCCGGCACUCAUCGGUCAACUGCCACCGCCCCCAAGCCUGCGUCCGUUGCGCCGAACCACACCCCGCCAGCCAGUGCGAGCGGGACAGGAAGGAGCCAGCCACUUGCAAAAAUUGCCAAGGCCCGCACCCCGCUAAUAGCACCGACUGUCCGGUCUAUAAGCGGGAGGCACGCAACAAGAAGGCCGGAGUGGCGGCGCGCACUGGCGCCCCCCUACCAGCCUCAACGCAGCCCGGCCGCAGCCUUCAACGGAGUCUUGCGAACUGGCCAUUUCCCGCGCCCCUGGAAGCAGGGUCGCGUCAUCAUGAUCCCCAAGCCAGGGAAGAAUAUCCUUCGUCCUGAGAGCUAUAGACCCAUUACCCUGCUGCCCACCGUCUCGAAAGUCUUCGAGAAGCUGCUUUUGCCUCACCUGACGCCCCACAUUCAGCCACGCGACGAACAGUUCGGCUUCCGUCCAGAACACUCGACGACGCUCCAGCUUGCCCGCGUGCUGCACCAAGCUGCAGCCGCCUUUAACAAGAAGGAGCACACGGUCGCAGUCUUCCUGGACAUGGAGAAGGCGUUCGAUCGCGUAUGGCACCCCGGCCUCCUCUACAAGCUGUCCACGUCUACUAUUCCUCGUCGAAUAGUUAAGAUCGUGGCCACCUUCCUGGAAGACCGCCGCUUCCACGUGGCGGUAGAAGACGCCGUGUCAACCGACCGGCCUAUUCUCGCCGGCGUGCCCCAAGGAAGCUGCCUCUCGCCCGUGUGCUACGGGCGUUAUACCGACGACAUCCCGGCGAGCGAGGGCGUUACGCUCGCGCUAUACGCCGACGACGCCGCCUUCAUCACGUCGUCCAUCCGCCUGUCACACGCAGCGCACAAGGCCCAGUGUGCGCUAGAGGCCCUCCCCCCUUGGCUGAAGCAGUGGAGGCUAUCAGUCAACGUUGCGAAGACCCAGGCGAUCGCCAUUUCCCGGAAGGUGCUGAUGCCGCCGCGUCUCACGCUCCUGGGGCAGGCCGUCGAGUGGACCCCCACGGUUAAAUACCUAGGGGUGACCAUUGACCGCCGCCUCACCAUGGCCCCUCACGUGCGCAACGUGAUUGCCCAGACGCGUGCCGCUCGCACCCUCCUUGGCCCGGUACUACAGUCCCGGCUAUCCCUCCGCGUAAAGUUGGGCGUGUACAAGACAUACGUCCGAUCACGCCUAACCUAUGCAGCCCCCGCGUGGUAUGCGCUGGUGGGAGAGUGCAAUAGGAAGCGACUCGAUUCCCAGCAGUCGCUAUCCUUACGCGCCGUCGUUGGAGCCCCUCGCUAUGUGCGAAACGACGUGAUAGCCCGGGACCUGAAAGUGGAGCCGCUACGAGACUUCGUAACUCGCCUGACGGGUCGGAUGUUCGAGCGUGCGGACCAGUCGCGCUUUGGUCACUUACGUGACAUAGCGCCCUACCACGCACGCCCGCCCGACCACAGGGGCCUGCCGCGCGAGCUCGCGCCCGCGGCCCCUGUCACACCGGAUUGACCACCUCGGACAUGACAUCACCCUGACACCGGCUGAUGCUCGCUAGCCGGGCCUCCCCCAACGGGGUCCCACCCAGCUGGCUUGAGCUCGCCGGUGUGAGAAGAACACCGGACAAGACCCCACCGGAGCAACCGCUCCCCCCCAAGGACCCAGCCAUAUUUAUGGCUGGCGGAAGAAACCGCUGAAAGGGGCCGAUGCCCCGAGCAGCAUCCCCAAACCCCCGAGGGGGUAUUGAGACGACACCCACUGCUUUGCACACAUUUCUCUCUGACGUGUCAGACAGACAGUUUCAGUUGCAGAUCAUAAUCGAUAGUUCAAUUUCUUUGAAAAAUGUCUUCUGAUAUAAUUCAAACGCGUAACACAGUGCCCCGUAAGCGGGGAAGACCCGCAGGAAGAGGUCGAGUUUCUCUUACUUUAGU